UGACGAUAUUAUAUUUAUCUUGUCACCCUGACAACUAUACCGUACGGAUUCUACACGACGCACCACUAUUUUCUCAAUUCCUUAAAAGUUAAUAAAACCCGUUGAAAAUGCAUUCAUCAAAAUGGUAGAGUCAUUACAGAUGUUUUUAUUUCUUUUCAAAUCAAAAUACAGACGAAAAUGUUCUUGGUUCUCGCCAUUUCUGUGUUCAGUCUUGAUCGUGUUAUUGUUUUGUAAUGGUGUUCUUACUAAGUGUAGUGAUCACAAUUGUGUGAAAGGUGUGUGUAAAAAUGAUACUUGCGUGUGUAAUGAAGGGUGGCAGGGACCCGAGUGCCAGCACUGCGGCGGUAAAAUAAAAUUAACAGAACUAUCAGGCAUCAUAACAGAUGGUGCCGGUAAUUACAGUGUAAGCACACAAUGCUCUUGGCUUAUAUCACCUCCGGUUGUGCCUUCGCCUUCCCCUAUAAGGAUACGGUUAGAAUCAUUUGCAACUGAGUGUGGUUGGGACCACAUGUAUGUCUAUGAUGGUGAUAGUGUAAGGGCUGAGAAAUUAUUGGCUGUGUUUAGUGGUGUACUUGAAGAAGGGGAGUCUGGUUGGACGAGCCAAGUGAUAGCGCGCUCUGGCAGUGCACUUAUACAUUUCUUCUCUGAUGAUGCAUACGCGAUGGAAGGGUUCAACGUUACGUACGCAACGUAUUCGUGCCCGUCAAAUGAUCAUAGGACGAAUUGCUCUAAUCAUGGCGAAUGUGAAGAAGGCACAUGUAGAUGCGAGCCUGACUGGAUAGGGGUAGCCUGUGAUCAUCCUCUUUGUCCUGACAACUGCAAUGCUGAAUAUGGAUCAGGGCAAUGCACCUCACAUGGCUGCGAAUGUACACCUUCAAGAACUGGAUCAGAUUGCAGUAAGGAUAGUUCUCAGGGAUCUUGGGGAUGGGAGUGGAAGGAAGAAGGAGAAGGAGGAGACAGGCCAGGAAAUACCCCACCAGCAGCAGCAGGACAUUCACUAUUAGUGUAUGGAGAUGACUUGUUAAGGAUCGGUGGGGAGACUUUCUCGCAGGCGGAGUUUGUGUUCAGAUAUAAUACAGCGAAACGUGGAUGGACUACAAUGGAGGCUCGCGGGGAAACACUGGCCCCAAGAUUCGCACACUCCUCCAUAAUCUAUGGCAACGAGAUUAUUGUCUAUGGAGGUGUUGUCGCGUCAGACGAGCCUGAUAGGGGUGGUGGUCUAGCAGGCGUAGAAGGCCGUGGUGGCGAAGUGACCAACGAAGUAUGGCGGGGAAUGAUUGACGCGGAAUCCGUUCAAUGGCGGAAUGUCACACCCACAGCUUGCUCUCCGCAUUACAGACCGCCGCUAGGACAUUGUGGUGGACUCCAUUUAUCGGGUCACACGGCGGUUUUAGUACAUUUGGGUAAAACCAAGAAACCAGUGAUGUUGGUGUUCUUCGGGCAUUCCCCGCACUACGGUUACAUGCAUUUGGUACAGGAGUACUACAUAGACGAAGGUAUAUGGUCAGUCGCAGUCACCCGUGGGUGGCCAGCUCGUGCGGGCUUCGGUCACACGGCCGCGUACGACGAUUUAUCACGUAGAGUGUACGUGCACGCGGGAUUAGUAUCGGAGUCUGAGGCUACUCAGGCUCCGUCAGCGGCGCUGUACGAAUACGAAAUUGAGACGCGCAUUUGGAGGCCACUACCUUCCGCUCCCACGCCCCGAUAUUUACAUUCAGCUGUAUUUGUGGCACCAGGUGUAAUGUUAGUGUACGGUGGUAAUUCACACAACGACAGCGCAGUCGCAACUGUAUCGAAUCCUGCGACUGCUAAAUGCUUCUCUGGGGCUGCUCUUUUAUAUGAUGUUAGAUGUCAGCAAUGGCUGCCUGCACCCAUCGGCCCUUUAUCUGCUAGAAUAGGUAGCGCAGCAUCAGUCUUACCCUUACAGGAUCGUCGAACCGCUAUCAUAUACGCUGGGUUUGACGGCCGUCUUCGUUCAGAUGCCCUAAAAUUUACUGUUGGUGAUAAGUGUUCCUCGCGCUCAGACGAAGCCGCUUGCCUGAAUACAGCGCAGUAUGGACUUGCCUGUGUGUGGAAGCAGGAUAGCUGUAUUGCGAUUGAAGAAAUUGGUUGGAAGGACUCAUUUGAUAGUUCUGUAAAGGCUUGCGUGGCACCACCGGUUUUUGAUGACCGUCGAUGCGCAAGCGCAGAAUAUUGUGAGUCGUGCGCAGCAGCCAAUUGCGCAUGGUGCGGUGCGUGCAUGGCUUCCUCGCAUCACUGUGUCAGACAUUCGCAUCAGAUUGCAGUGAGUGUAGAAGAGUGCGGGUCAGGCGGGUCUGGCGGUGAGAUGUGUGCGCGGUACCACUCCUGCGCAGCCUGUCACGCCCAUCUUCACAGACAUCCCCAUGGUUCAGAGGAGUUGAGCCAACGAGCUUGUUAUUGGGACUAUGAUUCAGUCAAAUGUCGUCCAGCUAAUACUACUACGGAUAUAAGAAGCGUGGCCGCAGCUAGUGGUUGUAACGCAGCGUGUGCGACGUUAACAACGUGCGCUAAUUGCACGGCCGAGGAGUGUAUUUGGUGUGCUUCUACGGGACGGUGUGUUGAUAAGAAUGCUUAUGGUGCCUCAUUUCCACUUGGUGGAUGCCGUGCCUGGUCGACCAACGGGUGUACUUCCAAUCACGUAACCGGAUGUGCUGCUCACGUAUCCUGUGCAUCAUGCAGAGCAGAACCAGCAUGUGGCUGGUGUGAUGAUGGAGCUGGGGGAGGACGGGGCAUAUGUCUUCCGGGAGGGGAGAGACGUCCACAUCAUCCACAUGUUUGUCCGCACCGACGAUGGCACUUCACCCACUGCCCCGCAUGUCAGUGUAAUGGCCAUGCGAUAUGUGACAGUGAGAAUCGUUGUAUUCAGCCGUGUGCCGCGCGAGCUGUGGGAGACCAUUGCGAUGUCUGUGCGCCUGCGCAUUGGGGAUCGCCACUUAACGGGGGAGUGUGUCAACCAUGUGAAUGUAACGCGCAAGCCGUCUCAUGCGCAGCGGAUACUGGUCGAUGCUAUUGCAGUACCAAGGGAUUGGCCGGAGAUCGUUGCGAUAAGUGUGAUAAUACUAACCAUUAUCACGCCGAUUUAUAUAACAAGGGGUGUUAUUACGACCUAGCCGUCGACUACCAAUUCACCUUCAACUUAUCGAAGAAAGAGGACCGCCACCUAUCCGCGAUCAACUUUCGGAAUGCGCCCGUCAAACCUGAUGUAGACGCGGACUUCAGUAUAACGUGCUCCGCCCACGCACGUAUGAACCUCACUGUGCGUACGCGUACGGACCCGGCAGAGAGAACGCUCUUCAGCGAUGUUAAUUGCACCAAUUUUAGAUAUAAGCCCUUCCUAUACAGGUUUGCGAAAUCGGAACACGCAUUCGGGGUCGAGGAUAACGUUACGUUAACAACGUUCUUCGUAUACGUAUACGACUUCCGACCUCCGCUAUGGAUACAGAUCUCGUUCUCGCAGUAUCCAAAACUAAACCUGCAGCAGUUUUUCAUCACGUUUUCGUCGUGCUUCCUACUGCUGCUGCUAGUUGCUGCCGCUCUGUGGAAGAUUAAGCAGAAAUACGACUUAUACAGAAGAAGGCAGCGUUUAUUUGUAGAAAUGGAACAAAUGGCUUCGCGGCCUUUUAGUCAAGUUUGUGUUGAGCUUGAGAGGGGCGGGGCAGGUGCAGGAGUCCCCGCCCCAGUAGCGUUGGAGCCCUGCAAGUGGGGCAGAGCGGCAGUGCUAUCUCUUCUCGUAAGGCUACCUACAGGAGGCACGGGUAGGGCUCCGCCCCUGGGCGGACUCGCAGUGGCCUCAGCCCUUGUCACUUUGGGACACCAUCAUCAUGACCGAGCUGAUAGACCUCGGAAUCACAACCAGUGUAAAUAACAAAUGUAAGUGUACAUAUUAGGGCUCGAACACGUUCCGGAUAAUACUCAUAUGUGUAUAAACUGUGCCAGUCCAGUGUAAAGUUUAUCUUUUCUGGUUAAGCCAUUCUGAGUUAGUUUCCGUCAUAUUGGUGCCAAUUGACACGGACUAUUGCUAUCUUGCUCAUACAUGCCGUGUAGAGGACAGCUAUAGUUGUGUUUUGCUAUAGAAUGCUAAAUACGUAUUUAGUUGAGCGUAAAGCAGCUAUAUUUAUUAUUUUACAAUAUUUAUUUAAUCAUGGUUAAGAUUUAUUGAAAUUAAAUAUUCUAAGAUUUAUCAUCUAAAGAGAAAAUCCGGACUGAAAGACCACAAUUAAUUUUGGUCCUUCGAUACGGAUUCUCUGAUGCAAUAUUUUAUCAAAUCAAAUACGAAAUAGAUAUUUAUACGGUUGCUUAUAUUGUGAAGUCUGAUAUCCAACAAUUUAUUUAAGCAAUAAUAGCAAGUAAUUAUAUGAAAUUAAAUAAAUUUAAUUAUACUUUAUUAUGAAUUCAACAGCCUAUGAAGUAUUUUUAUCUAGUAUCGUAUUGAUUAUGUACAAUAAAAUUUUAUUUUCUGAUUGGUAGGAUUUUUAUAUUUUACAGUAGUAAGUUUCAAUAUGUUUGGAUAUAAAAUGUAUAUUCGAUAAGGAUGUAUAUAUCGCAUCGACUAUUAUAUUUUUAUGACUGAAGUGUAAAUCGUGUAUAAAAGGCUUAAUGAAUGCAUUUAAUUGUAGCUCAAGUAUUAGGUUUUCCGUUGGCGAAAUUGAUCCUUUCAUUUUUCUAUUUGAAUCCCGUAAAAUCAAACACCUGUUUGAGUUAUAAAACUAAGGAUUUUGAUCCUUUAUGUAGCAUUUUGAAUGUUUAAAAAGAUUUAAAAAAAUCAGAAGCUUAUAAAAUAAAAGCUUCAAAAUAUGUCUAGUAAAAUGGAAUCUUUGACAAUCUGUUUUAGUGUUAAUACCACCGUAAAAUUGUUCAUCACCCUUAUCACUCAAUGUGCUUUUAUCUUUAAGCAAAAGUAAUACAUAACUCAUUCUGUUAUUUCGUAAUAAUUAGCAGUGAUAAAUAGUCCCAUGAAUCAUUGUUAAAUUGAAUCAUAAAUGCAAUAUUUUUCAUAAUUUUCUGAAAUUUUACUUAACAUCGUUUGUUCAGUAAAACGGACAUUUCUGAAUUCAAUGUCCAAGGAAAAAUACCCGAAGAUACCUUGUUAAAAUGGCUCAAUUCACAGUGAAAUUUUUCAAAAAUAUAAAUUUUCUUCAAAAUUAAAAUGUAACUUACCGCUUUUCAUGGGACAAUUUGAAAUAAGAAUACAAUUUUGCAUUUAUGUUCAAAUUAAAACAGUUAAUGUCUGGAUUUUUAUGUUCAUACAUUUGAGUGGCCUUUCACAUUUGGAUAGCAAUUAUUUGUUGUAGUCAUAGAUUAUAGUUUAAGUCUAUUCGCGUUUAUUAAUAAAUUUAGCUUUACGUUUUUAUAUUUUUCCCUACAUUAGAUACUGCCAGUGUACAUCACAUUACUAUUUAACGUUCAAAUAUCUCGAACACUAGUUAUUGAUAAGUUUUUAAUGGUAUUAAAAUUUCUAAAAAUUGAUUAGAAUUUUACAACGCCUGCCGACUGACAAAGAUCUUUGAAAUAUAUUACAAAAAAAGAAAUGCAAAAAGUCGACAAUUUUUCAUUUUGACAUUUUAUGAUGAUCGCAAAGCAUAUUAUGGCAAUAUUCCUGAACAAAUGGCAUAGUAGAUAUUAUGAUUCGAAAAUAAAAUACUAAUAAAUAUGUUUAUAAUCAAAAUAAUUGUGAUAUGAAAAUAAUAUGAAAACUAAUAACUAGUGCUUGAGUAUACGGUAUUCUCAUCUGGAAUAUACGUAAGUACCUUUUAUUUUCGCAAAAAUAGGAAAAAUAAGAAAAAAGUUCAGCUAUGCCUCUGGAUGUGGAUAUUCUAGAAAAGAAUACCUUUAAAUACCUUCUUCAUCAAUACUCCAUGUGUCAAAAAAUCUAAGAACUUUUUUAUAAUAUCACCCUUCAUAAAAAUGUUAUUAUUUUUUAAAAACCUUAUUUUUCACUAAAGAAGCAAGGGCUCGUCUUUAAAAAAAUAACUGAACCUUUCUAUGAUCUCGUUUCUUUCCUCUAGUUUGCAGAUUUGAGAUAAAAUUUAUAAAAAAUGACGUUUUAAUAAAACUGUUAUUUCGAAAAAUUAAAUAAAAUCAAAUUAGGUUUUUAGCCCAUACAAAAUUAUAUUUGCAUGUCUGGUUAGUCUAUACAUAGUUGCCAAAUUAAUUUUGUGUUCAAAUAUAUAUAUUUUUAUAUAAAAUUAUUGUAUUUAGAUAUAUGAAAGUAGCUUGUUUUGAUAAUCGCUUCGAAUUUUUAUAUAAAUUGUCUUGUUAUAAAAAUAACGUAUUUAUAUUUCACACCUUAAAUAAUACACCAAUUUUGUAUAGAAACUUUAAGUUACAGUGUUUGUAGUCACUUUCCUAAUUUAGUCUUAAACUAGAUGGCGUUGUAAACAAAGGUUUUGGUAGCAGCGAGCUAGUGGCGCCAUCUUUUGAUGGUUGUCUGUAAAUGCGUACCCCACUCUUAUGUAAAAUACGUACCAUUUUCAAAAUAGACGUGUAAUUUUGUUGAAAUUAAAAUAAAAUAUAAUGUAUAGUUGUAAGCGUGUAACGUUGUAAAUAUCCUGAUAUAAAUUAUUGUAUUUCAUAAUAAAAUUUACCGAACAUU